UAUUCUCAAAAUAGAUAGAUUCAAAUCAAAUGCUUCGUGAAAGGGUUUCCAAUACACACUAGCAUCGUGUAUAUAUAGGAAGCACUUAAUAGCUUCAACCUAAUUGGAUUAUUAACAAUUUUCAAUUUCAAUUCCUCUCUCUCUCUAGCUGCAAGGAUUGAAAAAUGGGUCAAGCUUUGGGAUGCUACCAAGUCGACCAGUCGAAUGUUGCUAUCAAAGAGCAAUUUGGAAAGUUUGUUGAUGUUUUGGAACCUGGAUGUCAUUGUUUGCCUUGGUGUUUUGGCUACCAGAUAGCUGGUGGAUUAUCACUUCGUGUCCAGCAACUUGAUGUUAAAUGCGAGACCAAAACCAAGGACAAUGUCUUUGUGAAUGUGGUUGCGUCAGUACAAUACCGCGCUGUGGCUGACAAAGCAUCUGAUGCCUUUUAUAGGCUCACCAACACAAGGGAACAGAUCCAAUCAUAUGUUUUUGAUGUUAUAAGGGCCAGUGUACCAAAGUUGGAGCUGGAUUCAGUCUUUGAGCAGAAGAAUGAUAUAGCAAAGUCUGUUGAACAGGAGCUUGAGAAGGCGAUGUCAAUGUAUGGAUACGAGAUAGUCCAGACUCUCAUUGUUGAUAUUGAACCUGAUGUUAAUGUCAAGAGAGCCAUGAACGAGAUCAAUGCAGCUGCAAGAAUGAGGUUAGCUGCGAACGAGAAAGCUGAAGCAGAAAAAAUCUUGCAGAUCAAGAAAGCCGAGGGAGAAGCUGAGUCCAAAUAUCUGUCAGGACUUGGUAUAGCUCGCCAACGUCAAGCCAUUGUGGACGGACUAAGGGACAGCGUGCUCGCCUUCUCCGAGAAUGUCCCUGGAACAUCAGCUAAAGAUGUGAUGGACAUGGUGUUGGUGACUCAAUACUUUGACACCAUGAAAGAAAUCGGAGCAUCCUCAAAAUCUUCAUCCGUGUUCAUACCACAUGGUCCCGGUGCUGUUAGAGACAUUGCUGUGCAGAUUAGAGAUGGUCUUCUUCAAGGAAAUGCUGCAAAUCUAUAAGUGCAUAAUAAAUAUAUAGUAAUGCUUCUUAUGUUUGGAUGUUUGCAUUUUUAUGUUGAUAUUGUAGAGAUAUAUGGAUCUCAAGUUUUAUAUUCUGAGUGGUAAUUUUCAAAUUUUGUUUGUUAAUACAGUAUUAUUAGAAGAUUGCUAUUACUUUACAAAAAUAUUUUUGCUUUUGUUAUGUCUUGUUUUAUAAAAUAAUGUGUAAAUUCUUAACUGUC